AACUCUCAUAUCUCAGACAUGACAUCAUCUCCUCACCGCAACCAUCAUGACUCCCAAUAAAUAUCCAGUUUAAAAGUCAAAUCGCAUAUGGCCCUACCAGAUCCGCACAUGCCGCCCGGCCGCUUCCAUCACGCCAUAUGCGUGGAGACCAGCAAAGACGGCUCUGGUACUCUGUACCAUGUCACCGGGGACGUCACUUCAACAAACGGGAUGAGCUAUGAGAGUAGAGAGUCAUCUGAUCCCGCUCAAUUAGAGGGUUUCUAUUCUAAACAACUGCUGGGCUAUACUAGUUCCGACAGCCAUCCGGGAAAAUGGAAUGCGCUUCUUGCUUCCCUGCCGACUCCGCCGCAGCAAAAGGCUUCGAAUCCGAGCAACCACGGCCGCGUUGAACCGUUCAAGGAGAAGAUUGGGGAUUUUGAAUAUGUUUUUUAUACUGAUGGGGAAGAGCGAAAGCCGCUUUGGAAAUGUACUGAAUGGGUUGAGUGGUAUGCAAUUCCUGCUCUUCAUGAAAACGGCCUUAUUUGGAGCGGUGAUCGGUGACUGCUCUGACAUUAGAUCUCCUUGUUCAAUAGUUCGAAUUAUCCAAAUUUCUAGUAUAAUUCUCCUGCAUAUUACG